GAAGUCAAAUCUGGUUCAGCUGCUAAGAGAAAGGUAGAGCCUGAUGACACAUCUUUAGUUGCUUCCGUUGCUAAGAAACCAGCAACCUCCGUUGCUGACGCUACCAUUGGACAUAAUGUUAAGGAAACCUUUAUUAGGUUUGGCUAUUUUUCUACUCUUGGUAAGAAGGAUGAGGAUAUGGAAGUUGAGCUUGCUAAACAUUUUCUUCCUGGAUCAAACGAAUUCAAGAAGGCACUUGAAAAG